UCUUCGUUGUUGAGUAUCUUUGAAACGAUAGAAAUGUUGACAGGUGUGUAAUUUCGUAGAUAUUCGACUAAAGUUAGUUUGUUGCUAGUUUUUGUGGUUUUUGAAGAAGGAAGUUAUAAACGUGUAAAACAGCUACAGAAACAUGGGAUGUGACGGCGGUACAAUACCCCGUAGAGACGAACUGGUUAGAAAGAAAGAGAAACCCGAGCAAAAGGACAAAAAUUCUGAGCUUUCUUUUCGUUGGCAACAUUGCAGUAUUACACAGCUGCCUCUUCAGCCUCCUAUUGUUGCUUGUGGGUAUGGAAGACUGUACAACAAGGACGCUGUAAUUGAAAUGUUACUGGAUAAAGCAAAUGCUCCAGAAAGUGCUAAACAUAUAAAAUCUCUGAAGGAUGUUAAAGAACUUCAGCUGACUAAUAACCCAUCAUAUGCUCGAUCCGCUGAGAAAGGAGAUGCAUAUGUUGAUCGUCAAACAGCACCUUACAUCUGCCCUGUUAUUGGUCUUGAGAUGAAUGGUAAAUUCAGAUUUGUUUUCCUGUGGAACUGUGGAUGUGUGUUCUCGGAAAGAGCUUUGAAGUUAGUGAAAACACAAACAUGUCACAAGUGUCAGAAGCAGUUUAGUGAUGCUGAUGUUGUUGUCCUUAAUCCAGUAGAGGAAGAUAUGCCCCUAAUGAAAGAAAGGCUGGAGAAGAGACAUGCAAAAGUGAAAGCUGGAAAGAAAGCUAAUGUAGAGGCAAAGAAGAUGCCAGAAACAGCUACAUCUAGCACUUCAAAAGAGAAAAAUGCUGAAGAAAAACAAGAAAAACCAGUUGAAAAUUGUAAAUUAGAUGCUGGGUCACUGAAGAUCUUGAAUAAACAGAAUGGUACCAAACCUUCAGAAAAAGUUUCACUCAAGAGAACUGGUAAUGGGCAGAUUGAAGAUCCAGUUUUCAAGAAAACUAAAAGUUCGUAUAGUGUGGCACAGGAUCCAAAGGCAUCUGAAGUCUACAAAUCCCUAUUUACAUCUCAUCAUAAGGCAAAUGAGCAAGUUAAAGCACAUUGGAUUACUUACAACCCCUUUUAUAACUGAUUUGCUUGAUAUUGAUAAUUUUUACAAGCCAGCAUUAAUGUAUUUUAUGUAAAUUUGUACAUAAAUAAGACACAAUAAACAGUUUAAAAUUAAUGGUACCAUAA